UCUGCUCCCUGGGCACCGGGAGGGUGUCUGGACGUGACCCGGGUACCCGGUGCCGGUAAUUAACCCCUUUCGAUCCCGAGGGGUGGGGCAGCCAGACCUUAUUUCAGACUCGUUAGGGGACCCGGGCGUCUCGUUGGAGCAGGCAGCCGCCGGGAGGAUCUGAGCUCGGCCUGGGCCUUGUCUCAGGAUUUUGAACGUUUGCAACUCUGAAGUCAAUGAUGUGGGAUCAAGGUGGUCAACCUUGGCAGCAGUGGCCUUUAAGCCAACAACAGUGGAUGCAGUCAUUUCAGCAGCAACAAGAUCCAAGUCAGAUUGACUGGGCAGCAUUAGCACAGGCAUGGAUUGCGCAACGAGAGGCCUCUGAGGAAUCCGUAACAGCUCAACAGCCAGUCAUAAUACCCAAUGGACAGGCAGUACAUAACAUUGAAAAUAAUCAAGACAAUCAUGGAAAUUUUCCAGGAGAUCCUAAUUUCAACAGAAUGUGGGAACAGGGUUAA